GAGAGGAGACUUACUUCUCGGGUGCUUCGUCGGAGGCUUGAUUUUGUUAAGGGACCGAAUUCGCCGAAGUGGGUGUUUUGGGGGAGAUUUUGGGGUGCUUGUUGCUGAAUUCUUGAAGCCUUUGGUGUUGGAGUUGAACUGGUUUUACGGAGUGUGGCUGAGAAAAGAGAGGGAUUGAAUUGAGGGCUUGAUGUGGAGGAGGCGCGACAAUGAUUCAUCGAAAGCCUCAACCACGAGCUCCGAGAAACCACACCGCCCUUGUGUCGCUGCCGAACAUCAACGAUGUUGUGACGCCGGCCCCGGCGUCUGGAUCACCUUCACUCCCUGCAAUCAGUAAGCGCAAGUUUUUGGAUUUGUAUUCUUCUUCCGUGAAGAGAAAUAGGGUUUUGAUCAAGAGGUCGCGUGAGGACGAGAAUUCAGUCGGUGGUAGUGGGCAAAUUUCUGGUGAGGAGAACGAUGUGGCGGAUGUGAAGCCGUCGGAGGAGUCGCGAAGAAGAAUAGGGAAUGAGUUGGGAGAGCACGAGAGGGCGGAAUCCACGGAUGUGGUGGAACGGAAUGGGGACGAGGUUGCGGAGGGCAAUUUAGAGCAGGGUUUGGAAGAGUGGACGAUGCCGUGUGACACGAAAAUUGCACUCGAGUUGAUGCGCUCGCAGUUUCCGAAGGUCGAGAAGAGCAGCGUGCCCCCCUUCGUCCUCCGGUCUCAGCUUUACAGUAGUGUCAACGACCGAACCCUAGUGGACAGGGAACUUGAGCGUAUGAAGCUGGACCGUUUAAUUCGAGUUUUUAAGCUCAGCACCGGACAGGACGAGCAUGCCAUCAUGUUAAUGGCGGAUUAUGUCGCGCAGAUUAACGCUUCCAAGGCUAGAUUGGCGAAAGGCAAACAUUCACCAGCAGAUAUGGCUGUGUUUGAUUGGUUUGUGCGUCACGUACUUCCUGUUCAUUUCGAUGCCGGCAUUACUCAUUCGAAGCUCGUGGACUUGUUGUCUGAAGGGGGUGAAGUCAGGGACAGCCACAUCACGCUUCUCAUGAACGCAGGCUUACUUACAAGGCAACUUGGGGAUGGAACUGAAUAUUGGCUGGCAAUCCCUAACGUGGGAUUUCUGCUGAAGAGCCUGACGGGUGGGAGAAAAGAGAUCAUUUCUUUCAUGUCAAGGAGGAAGUAUAAGGAGAUGCUGCAAGUUCCACUUGAGAGACGGCGUUUGCAAUACUCUGUGCUUGUCAAUAACUGGACGGCGGAAAUUGAAGAAGUUAAUGUAGCUUGAACUACAUCACUUGCAGGGUCUCUGUUAAUGGCCUCCCAACACUCGGAUGUGGAUGACUCUGAGAGGGAGCAGAAUAGAGCGCUGCUUUCGGACGGAUUGUGAAUCAUUUCUUCCAAGGUGUUCGGGAUGCUGUUGUGCGAAGACUCGGUCCACCAAGUUCGAGAUAUUUUCUACUAUUCCUCAACUCGGAUUCGAAACCUCUAGCAGCUUCGCCAGAUUUUUAAGACCUGUAAUGAACCUGCAUUGAAGCGUUGAUGUGUGCCGCUUCUCAGGGACAAGGCCUUUUCCCCAUAGCUUGCUUGACCUUCUGCGACCAGCAAAGUAGGGGGUUGCUGUUGUGUGUGUCUAGAACCAACUAACUACCUGCUCGUCUUCGACAAAGUGACUACUAAACUUAAAGAAAUAUUGUUCGAAGGGUUCAAUUCAUCUUCAGUUGAAACACUACUGAAAUGUUGAACCACAAAAUAAUGUAUCCACAACGAGGGCUUACAACCAAGAAGACAGAAACCGAAGAAGUUGUCAAUGUGGUUACUGAUGAGCAGAUCAAAACAUCCAGCGAACUCGAGAUAUUUGCACUGAUGCUCAAUGGGUGUACUUUGACAUUGUAGGACAAACUUUUGAACUACUACCUCUUCACCAAUAAGAAAGUGUACGAGCUAAACUGUUGGAGUUAGCAUCUACAAAUAUCUAAUUAGAAAAUCCAGCAAUAAGUUGACUAAAAGGUCAUCCACAAGGAGCCCUUAAUUGUAGAAGAUACAAUGAACAUUCUACAGAAUGAAGUGCUUCAUAAUUUGAAGUUGUGGAAGCAGCAACUAAUGUUUGCUCUUGCAAGAAUUGCCAAAGACAAGGGCACAAUGUGCAGACUUGCCCUACUUGAAAUCUA